UGUUACGGAUGAACUGUCGCAAGAUCCUUCAGACAAGUGUUCCGGCUGAGUAGCCUGCUGCCUCCAAUGCAGGUGAAGUGUCAGAAACAUGGUUGGUACCCGAUACCUCUUGUGUUCUCUCCUCUUCUGUUCCAUUGCUCCAGAGUUUGUGAGCUCUGCCUCCAGGCUACCCGGAGUACAGAAUUACCAGGUGGUGAAACCGCGCAAACUCCACGUCAAGCAGAAACGAGAGAGUGAGGGUCUUUAUCCAUUGGUUGUUCGGUAUGGAGUACCUGUAGAAGGCAAAGAGCUGGUCAUACACCUCGAGAAGAAUGAGGGUCUAUUUGCCAAGAACUACACGGAAACCUACACCUUGGAAAAUGGGACUGAAGUGCAGGACACCCCCCUCUAUCCGGAUCAUUGCUAUUACCAUGGUUACGUAAAGGGGGAGGAAGGUUCCUCGGCCAGCUUCAGCACUUGUGACGGACUCAGUGGUUAUAUCCGCACCAAUGGCCAACGAUAUCUGAUGGAACCUCUAAAGGAAUCAGUCAGCAACGAACACGCGCUCUACAGAUAUGAGGAGCUCAGGCUGCCGCAGAAGACUUGUGGUGUGGUCAACACUUCAUGGGACAGCUCAGAGCCAAAAGUGGAGGAGACCUUUAACUCUCCGAGCGAGAGGAAUGAGUUCCUGAGGGCAAAGAAGUACAUUGAAAUGUACGUGGUGGUGGAUUACUCAGAGUUCCAACGGUUUGGGUUGGCAGUGAAGAACAGGGUGUUUGAGGCAGUCAAUCACAUCAACCUGUUGUACAGGCCAUUAAAAACACACGUGGCUUUGAUUGGUCUGGAUAUCUGGUCCAGCGGAGAUAAAAUAUCUGUCCAAAAAGACUCCGGUCAAACUCUACAAAACAUGUUGAGCUGGCGUAAUAAGGAGCUGCUGCCAAGGAAGGAACAUGACAAUAUCCAAUUCAUCACUUACGUGGAUUUUGAUGGAGAUACCAUCGGCUUGGCUCAAGUGAGUGCAAUGUGCACAGGUGGCUCUGGAGCGAUUAAUCAGGAUCACGCAUCCAAUGUCCACGGGGUUGCCUCAACGAUGGCACAUGAGAUGGGCCACAACCUGGGGAUGGAUCACGACGAUAAUGCUUGCUUGUGCAAUUCCAACGCUUGCAUCAUGUCUCCAGUCUUAAGCUCUGUUUUACCAACGGAGUUCAGUUCCUGCAGUCACCAGAACUUCCAGCGCUUCACACUGACACAAACAGCUUCCUGCCUGAGGGAUGUUCCCCACCUGGAUGAGAUUGUGGCAGCACCCAUCUGUGGGAACCACUUUGUGGAGAAGGGGGAGGAUUGUGACUGUGGCAGGCCCAAGGAAUGCCAGAACCCUUGCUGUGAGCCACAGACAUGCAAACUGAAAGAGGAAGCACAGUGUGCUGAUGGAGAAUGCUGCCAAGAUUGCAAGAUCAAAGUCGCAGGCUCGCUGUGCAGGAAAGUGAAUCACGAGUGUGACCUUUCAGAGAACUGUGAUGGGAAGUCCAACAAAUGCCCACAAGACACAUUCCGGCAGAACGGAACCCCUUGUAAGAAAGGGAUGGGCUUCUGUUAUAAUGGAAAGUGUCCCACUCACGAGGACCAGUGCAUCUCUCUGUGGGGAGAAGCAUCUCGGCCAGCAUCCAGUCGAUGUUUCCAAACCAAUACGGUGGGUGAUCAGUAUCGAUACUGCAAGAAGACGACCAAGUACCAACCCUGCAGAUCUGGGGACAUAAUGUGCGGGCAGCUACACUGCGUCGGCGGGAGUUCAAAGCUGCCUUUCUCCACCGGUCGAAUAACCAUAGGACGAGAUGUGUGCAAUGUCUUUCUGGACAAGAAUGGAGUUAACCCAGGACUGGUGCAAAAUGGAAUAAAGUGCGGAGACAACAAGAUGUGUUUGAACGCAGAAUGCAUUGAAGUCAGAGUCAACAACUGCUCCAACAAGUGCCCUCAACAUUCGAUCUGUAAUCAUCUCGACCAGUGCCAGUAUGAGGAGGGCUAUGCAGCACACAGCAGCCUGCUGCCUACAGCCGCAACAGUUGUUAUUAUUUUAAUUGCCAUAUUAAUCAUCCUCGUGAUCGGAGUAGGAUGCUUCCUGUACAGGAAGUGCACACGAAAGAGCACACCCCUACCACGAACCCGGCAACCUCAGACUUCUGGACUCACAAACCUAGCCUUUGCAGGGAGCACACCAGCAACCCCACAAAUGCAAAGAAUCAACAACCCCAAGGGUCCAAUGAAGACUGCUCCACCCCCUCCGCCGUAUGCCAAGCCACCAACUGCACCCAACCCUCACACCAAGCCAUUUCCUCCUCAACCUCCAGUAAAUAGGCCGGUUUUAACUCCACCAUCAGCCAAGGUUCCGGCAUCCAAACCCACACAUCCACCAGCGCCCAAGGUCUUGAUGCCUCCAAGGAAUCCGAGAAACUGAACAUCAGACAAGAGCUGUCUUCUCCGAUCUCCCAGUUACCUGCCUCAUGCAUUACUUGUUCAAUUUAUUUAUAUCUUGUAGAAGUGCAUCUCCCAAAUCUUUAUUCUCUAUUUAUUCCAUUGACUUAUAACUAAAGAUGAAAAGCACAGGACUGCUCAGCCACUGUCUUGAUGAGGAAAGGCAGGAGGGUGUUUUAGAGUAUCAACUAAAAUCAGUGGAACUUUAUGUGGGAGUUUUCUGACACAAUUACCAUCCAAUGAUAAAAUCGAAGGCUUGCAUAUAAAGGUGGAGGUGAUGUGCAUUUAUUCUCAAAUAAAAACAAUACUAAAAAAU